AUGAAAUGGAUUGGUACAUCUCCGAAAUCUUGUCAAGAAUUUCUACAUGAACAUGUUUUAAGACACUUAGUGUACGACGAUCCAACGAGAGUUGCCAAUGAAUUCCGCUCUGAAGGAGGAACAAUUAUAACAAUCGAGUAUCUACAAGGGACCGUAAAAAGAAUCCCGAUGUUCAAAAAGCUGGCGUCGCCAAAUUAUAGACUGUUUAACUUCAGAGACGCGAAUUGCUUCUGUAAAAGGAAAUGGGCACCGUACAACAAAGGCAAAUGGAACGCACCUGAAGGAGGAUGCUACCUUCCCGUGAGGAUUUCUUCGACUCAGGUCCGCUUUCUCGAUAUGAUUCGAUCUUAG